AUGGAUGACUUCAAGGUCAGUCGCGAAGAAUGUGAAGCCAGUCGUGAAGAAUGUGAGGCACUUAAGCGUGAAGUGUUGAUACUAGGCGAGAGGAGCAGAGUGUUUCAAAAUGUGCUAAUACCAUCGACCUUUGGAUUUGUUGUGGUUCUUGGAGUCAUGGUUGUGAUGGGCAGAAAGUAG